AUGGGUCUCCCUGUUGAAAUACUUAACGAAAAAAAGUAUGAGAGAAGGUCUUAUGAAUUCAACUUUGGGAUUAUUGUGAGGCCAGAUGAAUACCUAGAUUAGAGCAAGCGAAAUAUUCUUGAGUAAAUUCUGAGGAAAAUGGCAACUUAUCUUACUCUCCUAGAAGUGGAAUAAGAGUUCUUAUGGAUUGAGGAUAAGAAGUCACUUUUGAAAGGCUUUGUUUAGAAUCUCUAUGAGAAGUUGACUUGUCCAGAGAGCUUGGAACGUCUCAGCUUUUGCAUUCCCUUUGAUUGUUAAAACUCAAUGGUGUUUAAAUUCUAAACUAAAUUAGAGGACCCUCAAAUAGUGAGAUCAUUUGACGUUCCUAUAUUCAAAAGCUUAAAGAUAGAGAAGGAUUAUGAUAAAAUAGUAGAGCUUACUAGCGAUAUUCUUUAGCAAAGAAUUAGGCCUCUGAUUGAUGGCAAGAGGCAUGUUAAAUAAAUCUCAACCGAUGCCAAAGUUGAUAUGGAAAUCGUGAUAUAGUGUAUUCAAACUCUGAUAUUUUAUGAAAUUGUAGCUCUAAUAGACAUUUUCCAAUACUCAAACAUUUAUGCUCCUUACAAGGAAGUUGUAAGUUUGGCUUUUGAUGGCUAAUUAUACAGCUCAUGUGUAUCUUAUGUUUCUGAGAGAUCUCAGUAAGAUUUAGAAUGUAACAUGAUACUAACUGAACUUAAAGAAGAAGAUGAAAAUGAAGUUGACUUUGACAUGUGUUUUGAGAACGAUAUGAGAAAAACAAUGGAAAUAAUGAAGCGAAAGGAUAAAUCUAAUGAUAAACUAAACUAAUUUAACAAGCAUGCAUUUGUAAUCACAUAGUAAAAGCUAGUUUCUUUGUAUUCAGCUCUGACCUCAGGACUUAAGAUAAAGGAAAUCUUGAUUAAGUACUCUGACGAAUGUCUUAAUCAAAACAAUGUCAAAUUCUUUAUAGAAUUCGGCUUGCUAAACAAACUCCUCUUUAGAAAGCAUAAAUACGCCUUAAUAAAUAAUCCUUAUUAAGCAAAUAAUUUACUGCAAUUCAGGUAGAACAAUAGUUAUAAUCCUAAGAUGCAAACUAAUUUUGAUAAUGUCUAGAGAUCUUUGACUCCGGACAUAGCUAGCUAUAUUUAGUAAUAGUAGUAAGGGUUCACAAAGAUUGAUUAGUUAAUUUAAAGAGAAAAUUAGUGCUUUGAUUAGAUAUGUGUUGAUUUUUCCAUUAGUCCUAGUGAUCUUGAAGCUAAAUUGAAAUCCAAAGGCUAUUAGUUUUAUUAUCUGUGA